AUGGAUUUUGAUGAAGAAACACUAUUUCUUGGAAACAUUCCCGAUAGUUUUGGAAACGAACUGCUCAUGGAAAUGCUAAGCAUUUUUGGGGAGAUUAAAGAGUUUAAGCGCGGUAGGUGCCUGGAAGGUAUUAGCUCAAAAUGGGUGAUUGUAAACUACCACGAGCCAGCAUCUGUUGGAUACCUCUACGAUGUUCUCUUCGAUAGGGACCUAGGGCAAGGUACAAUAACUAUUUGUCCUCCAAAAAAGAGGUCUGAGCCAUGGGAAGGCAGAAAGAAUGCACUCAAAAGAAUUGAAGACAUAGAAAGGAGACAUAGAAAGGAGCUUGAGAAAGAGGAACGCUUAGACAGGUUUGUUUCUAGCUACAAUCUAUUGUAUGGUAAAGCGGAUGACAGCAAAAUGUUUUACGAUACAAUGAAAAAAUGGCUUGAAGAGGAAUCAGAAAUACGUAAGAAAUGUCGAAGGAUUGAGAAAGAUUUUGAAGAGAAUAUAGAGAAGAAGAGGCAAGCAGAAUAUCAUUAUCUGUCGACUUAUGAUGAUGACAGGUCGAAUGACUUAUUUUAUAUUGAUAGGGCUUCCUGGAUAUCCAAGAGAAACAAAAAUGGUGAUAAGUAA